AUGUCGCGGCCGCUGUCCGCGACCCGCAGGUACAGCUACCGAUUCCCGGCCGGGGGCGACCCCACCGAGGCGCAGGUGUUCUUCGCCGACGGCCCCUCGGAGGGCCAGUUCUUCCACAGCCUCCGGCUGCAGGAGGGCGCCUGGGCCGCGCACCACCUGUGCGUGGCGGACCACUAUAGCGGCGAGUUCCGGGCAGCCUCCGCCUCGCGCUGGGAGGCCGUGUGGCGCGUGCGGGGCCCGAAGAAGGACCAGGUCCUCCACAGCGUCUACGAGCGAGAGGCGCCGGCUGCUGGCGCGCGGGCAGAGGAGGAUCGGCCGUGA